GAUAUAGAAGAUAAAAUCACUAUUCCAUUCAAGUUUUGAUUGAUUGAGACGGAGAUAAAAAACAAAACAAAGAAAGGGAUCACAGAUUCACAGUCUAUCAAUUACAGCCGCAAGAAUUGGGCCGAAGAAGAUCCAAAGCUCCUAACUUUGGAGCUUGAAAGCGAUAGUGCACUGUACACUGGUUCUGUAUCUAUUUCUUACUGCAAAUUUCUCUUCUUUUUUUCGUUUAAAAAAUCUAUUUUUAGGUCGAAAUCGGGUACUUCUUGCGGCGGAAACGUGUCCAAAUCGCUUACCUGUAUUUCUAGCGAUUUCUUUAUGUCAUCUUAACUAUAUCCUAGGUUUUUUUCUGAGAAACUGAGGUUUGGAGAGAUUUAAAAGAUUUCAGCUUUGGUCGUGUUUGGGGUUUCUGUCAAUGAAUUAUCGGGCUCCAGAUGAAGGUUGGGCAUAAUUAAGACUCCAAAAAGAUGGAGAAUUGUAAUGGAUCACUGGCGGUCAAUGGAGGAGUGGGGGAUUCUUCGGGCCUCCAGAUUAUCAAGCACCCAUUGUACCAUGGCUGCAACAAACCAUCACUCUCUUGGCUUGAUAUUCGGGUGUUCUAUAUCAGAUUCAGCAGUUUCAUGGCAGAGGGUUCGACCCCAGAGAGCCUCACUGUAAAACAUUUACCUCUGAGCCCUGAUACACUCCUUGAAGUGAACGGCGCAAGGUGGUGUUCAAUGUACCCGGAAGGAGGAUCUUGCAUUUUGAGAAGAGACCGUGUGGAUAAGAAAUCUGAAGAAACCACAUUUGUGAGCACAGACAGUGUAAGGCUAACAGGGAGUGUGAAGUUCUUGGUUUUUGACCGAGAUGAUCUUGUGCUUUCUGGGGUUUUGGAGGUGAAUGGUGGGGAGUCGAAGAACAGCAUGAGAAAAUGGAGCAUGAAUUGCGAAACAAUGAUGAGUGCAGGGUGUGGAUUCUCAAAGGGGAAACAGAUAAAUGGGUCUGAAUCGCAUCAGCCUCCAACAAUUGAAGUUUUUGUUACUGGAUGUUUUUCUGGGACACCUAUCAUCUUAACCAAAAGUUUGCAGCUUCUUAAUAACAGGAAAAAGCAUCAUAGGAAUGGGAUGUUAGGUUCAAUUCCUGAAGAUGGAACAUAUGGUGCACAAAAACAUGAUGUCUCUUCUGGACUUGAUCAUCUGCAGGUAACAGAAUCAAACAGUAGCUAUAAACCAGAAUGUGAAGAAGACGACUAUAACAACACAUACUGGGGAGUGACAGAAGAUUUGGACGGGGAAGAUGGGGAACUCUCAUGGUUUAAUGCAGGGGUGAGAGUAGGAGUUGGGAUUGGCCUUGGGAUUUGCGUGGGUGUCGGAAUUGGGGUCGGUUUACUAGUCAGCACCUACCAGUCCGCUACACGGGGCUUCAGAAGGCGGUUUGUAUGAAAAGAGAUGAUUGAACAACAUAAGGAAUGCUUUUCCUUUGGUAGAUGUGUUCUUUGGCUAACCUUUCAUUUUUCCUGUUUUUGUGUUGUACUUUUCAGCCAAGUUUUAUUCUUUCAAUUUAGACUUGUUUCAGCUGGGUGUUGCUGGGUAUUGAACUCAAAUUCAUGGAAGGAAUGUACAAUAACAAAAAGAAAAAGAAUGCAUUGAG